GCCCGUACCGGGUGUCGGAUGGUGCACCACAAGCAAGUAUCCUGUCUAAAGAUUUAUAUGACUUUAUAACGUCAGUUAUAUAAUAGACAUACCCUACACUUUAUUAUUGAUGAAGGUUAUGAGCGUUUUACAUGGAAAACCGGACGGACAUGUACAGUAUUUGUGAUGCCGUGAAGAUAACCAGACAGACGACGUUUGUCCAGCCGUUACCGUAGUUACCUUUAACUCCAGCUAAGCUCACAUUACUUCAUAUUCAUUUCUAUUUCUUCGACGUUAACCGUAAAAUAAUGAGGGAGGCUUUUUUGAGACACGUCCGCCGGUUCCCGUGGGUCACUAACGUCACCCUGUACGGCUGCCUGUUCGCCGGUGGAGACUUCGUCCACCAGUGGAUUUCCCACCGGGAGAAAAUGGACUGGAAACACACGCGGAACGUCGCGGUGAUCGCGUUAGGUUUCCAUGGCAACUUCAAUUUCUUCUGGAUGCGGUUCCUGGAGCGGAGAUUUCCCGGGAAUUCUCUUGGGAUGGUGAUGAGGAAGCUGGUCCUGGACCAGACCACGGCGGCACCCUUGGCUACCAGCGUCUUCUACACAGGCGUCAGCUUCUUGGAGGGCAAAGAGGACAUCACGCAAGACUGGAGAGAAAAAUUCCUGAAUACAUACAAGACGGGACUAAUGUUCUGGCCAUUUAUGCAGUUUCUGAACUUCGCCUUGGUGCCUCUGUACGUGCGGACCACCUUCACCGGCUGCUGUGCCUUCGUCUGGGCCACAUUCCUGUGCUUCUCCCGUCAGAGCGGCGACGGCACGGCCGGUGCUGCCCUUACUUGGUUGUUCCCCCCCAAAGAGGAUGUAGCAGAACCCACACAGGAGAACGUAGACUCCAAAGAUAAAGCAGAUCCUCCCAAAGAGGAAACAGUAGUAUCUAAACCGAAACAGAACUGAAACAUGCAGAACCAGGCGGCGUAAUGGAGGGAGACACACAGGAACAACCUCAUGGCACUCAUGCGUAGCUCAAUGGUUGACACUGCCAGGGUCAAAGGUCAAAGUCUCACUGGGAUCAGACUAAAAAUGUGCAUCCCCAUGAUACGUUAAAGUGCUAUGGGAAACAGCAAGCAGCAAAUGGAAUGUAUACACAGUAUAUUUUUCAAUAUUCGUGCAACAUAUCAGCUCUGUAGUAAUAUGUCAUUCAGUCCUACCCUUCCAUCCCACAGUGAACUAUCUCAAUGACAUAUCCUCAUUGGGGUUUGUUUUCAUAAAUGCAGUAUUGUGUUAUCACAUUUACAACAUGAGCCUGUCCAUUAUUCUAUUGGACCAUGUUUAAUAAUACUGGAAGAUUUAUUUAGAGUUCUGUGCCUAGAACUGAAGCUGUGAUAAUGGAGAAGUGUUUGAUGAAGUGUUUCCUCUGAUUUACAUCUAAAUGAAAAGAGUUAUAUCCACUAUGUGGAGUGGCAGCUAACUUUCUAGUGUAGACUUUUAGCUUCAUAAUAUUUGAGCCAAAUUAGAAACAUUUAAAUAUCAUAAUCUCUUCCUCAGCCAGAGAGCUUAAGAUUGCUAUGACUGCAACAGAGUGCCUGAUUUCUAAGAUCUGUAAGACCAUCUGCUUUGGUGUCAGUUUACACUCUGGUACAAGUGCCAAAUACAGACAGGUACCAGUUAUGUAUUAAAUUAUCAAGUACAUAACUAUGUUUAUUAUCAUUUAUAUCUAAGUAGUUUAUAUCAACACAUUUUAGUAGGACAAUUACCAUGACAGCAAACAAGGACCAUGAUUCAACUGAGCUACGCAAACACAAAGCGCCCAAAAAAACACUAAACCAUAUCUGAAAAAUACAUAAUAUAUUGAGCUAUUUCUCUUCAUAAUUUAAUAUUUUAAUAUUAAGGUACUACUGAAGAUAACUUUGAGUUUGUUUAAUGAUUAAUGAACGUUGUGUCAAAAACAUCCACAUACUUGAACAUAGAAAACGCCUGCUUGUGUUUGUGCUUUAUGUUAUGUACGUUAAACUGUGCAUGUUCUCUCUUUUCUGUCUUUGCACCAUUUCCUUAUUUUUCAAUGGAGUUUGCUAUUUUAUCCAUUUAAAAAAAUAUAUACCUCUUAUAGUUUUCCUUGCCUGCAGUGAUUCUUGACAUUAUAAAAUCAGAUGCCUCCACCACGCAGCUCUCUGCAGAGGUCUAUAAAUAUAGCAUGCAGCUCUGCAAAAGAGUUGAAUGUUAUUACUUAUGUAUAGAAUUUAAAGUUUAACGCAAACUUUUUUUUUCUGUCCCAAACUUCUGCAUUAAGUUGUGUUCCCAUUUAUCUUACAAUUCCUGACAACACUAAUGUAGUUAAAUCUAAAAUGUAGAUUAGACAAGUGUGUUUAUUUAAUCUGCCUCACAGAAUUGAAUUAAUGUUAAGAAUAAUUUUAUAAUAUAUUUAAUUUUUUUGUUUUAAUUAGGGUAUAGAUAAACAGUAUAAUCCCUACAGUUGUUUAAUCCCUUGUAUUAGAUAUUGUUUGAAUUGCAUAUUGAAGUAUAAUUUAACAUUAAUGUACUAUUGGUGUUCAAGUUGUACGUUUCUGACAUAUUAAUUCCUGUUUAUUUGUACGCUGACACUGAAACUGAAAGGUCAAAUCAGUGAAUAUUCCCUUUUGUUCAUAUCAGCAAUAUUUGAACUGAAAACAUGGAAAAUGAACCACUACGUCUCUAUUUAGGUACAAAAUGAAAUUCUGUCAAUUAUCUUCUGACUGGUUUUUACAAAGAACAACAAUUUGAUCAGUACUGUUGAUUGUAAUGUAUUGGGGAAAUGAUUUGAUCACAUUUUGCACUAUAGUUGCACUAACUGUAGUAGAAAUAAAUUAUAUUUAUUGAAUAAAUUGGA